AGAUUCCCUCUCAAGUUACAUCCUCUCCUCCUCCUCUCUCUCUACCGCCACUGCCAAACUCUCCGAUCAGUCCCCCUACACUCCGCCGCCCCUCAAAUUCCCCGAUCACGCCGCUAUGUACAUGUUAGUUAACUGUUCCAAUUGCGGCACCGCGCUGCAGCUGCCGCCGGGGGCCUCCUCCAUACGAUGCGCUAUUUGUCAGGCCAUAACUCCAAUACAUGUUGCCGAGCCGCGCCACAUGGCUCCGCCUCCUGGCCCGAUUAAUCCCCCGUCUCCUUAUUCCCAAACCCAGCAUCAUGGGUUGUUUGCUCCGCCGUCUCCUUAUUCCCAUGCCCCGCCUGGCCCUCCGCCCAACCCUCAUGGUCGUAAGAAAGCUGUGAUCAUCGGCAUAUCGUACAAGUUUUCUAGGCAUGAGUUGAAGGGAUGCAUUAACGACGCUAAGUGCAUGAAGUAUCUUCUGACGAAUAGGUUUCACUUUCCGGAAUCUUCUAUCGUCAUGCUAACCGAAGAAGAGACUGAUCCAUAUAGAAUUCCAACUCUAUAUAAUAUUCGGAUGGCAAUGCAUUGGCUUGUACAAGGAUGUCAACCAGGAGAUUCCUUGGUGUUUCAUUAUUCUGGUCAUGGGUCGCAACAAAGGGACUACCAUGGAGAGGAAGUUGAUGGACAUAAUGAAACACUGUGUCCAGUUGACUUCGAAACACAGGGUAUGAUUGUAGAUGAUGAAAUUAAUGCUACUAUUGUCAGACCUAUACCUCCGGGUGUCAAGCUUCAUGCCAUAAUAGAUGCCUGUCAUAGCGGAACAGCCCUUGAUUUGCCAUUUCUUUGCAGGAUGAACAGGAGUGGACAGUAUGUAUGGGAGGACCAUCGCCCUCAAUCAGGUAACUGGAAAGGAGCUAGUGGUGGUGAAGUAAUUUCCUUCAGUGGCUGUGAUGACAAUCAAACAUCAGCCGAUACAUCUGCUCUUUCAAAAAUCACUUCAACUGGUGCCAUGACUUUCUGUUUCAUUCAAGCCAUUGACCAAGGACAGGGGACCACAUAUGGGAGCAUCCUAAAUUCAAUGCGUAAUACAAUUCGAAGUGUUGGAAGUUCAGGUCCUAACUUUGGAGGUGGUAUGCCGGCGGUAGCAACAUCUCUUAUGAAUAUGCUUAUUACAGGAGGUAAUGGUGGUGGCCGCCUUACACAGGAGCCGCAACUGACUGCUUGUGAAACUUUUGACGUAUAUGCCAAACCAUUUUUCCUAUGAUAUUUAUUUCACGAUUUAUGUCUUGUCUUUUGUAUUUUUUAUAUGUGGGAUUGUUUGGGGAUGGGUCUUUCAGAACUAAUGCUAUAUUAUUAGUUCUUAGAAUGAAGUAUAUGUUUGUAGGAACAACACAUUUUUGGAUCUUCAAAAUAGAAAUAUUCUCUCUUUUGCUAUGUUUAUUCUCAACGUCAUGACUAAUUCAUUUGCCACAAUCAACAUGUUAUGCUAAUGCAUAGCAAACUGUAAACACAUCGAGUCAAGUAGUGCAAAAUAUUUGUUUAACCUUGAUUUGAGUUCAGAGUUGUGCUUGAAUUGGAUUUGUUGCAAAAUCAGUUGAACUUAAAUGAGUUUCAAUUGAUGAGAGCAAAAUCAGUAGGAGGAAGAUUGGUUCGCUUUUUGACCUUACUUUGUUGAUGUAACUAGUAUUUGCGCCGAUUUGAUUAAAUUGUACUAUACAUUUAAAAUUCACAAGGAAGGAUGCUUCCUUCAAAAGCUAGUUAUGAGAUUGCACAGUGAAUGUACAAGAAGUGGCACGAUAUUACUGUAUU